CUGCAACUCUGGCAGGCAGAGACCGGACGCUGACGCCACACCUCGCUCGCUCGCUUCUCCCGCCAUGGCCACCGCCGUCGCCGCCUUCCGCUCCCUCCUCCGCCCCACCGCCUCCGCCGCCGCGGCCUCUAACAGCAACACACUCCCUCUUCCUUGUCUCCGUUUUCAGAGCCUCCAGAACGACCGCCUCGGGCUCUGCCUCUUCUCCCACCGUCGCCAUCGCCGCACCAUUCUCCUCCCCGCCUCUGCCGCCGCCGCCGCUUCCGGUGAGGAGCUCUCUUCGGACGGAGAGUAUUACUCCGAGGAAGAGGAGGAAGGAGCGGAGUACGGGGAAGUAGAGGAGGGGGAGGAGGUAGAGCCCGAGGCGCAGCCAGUUCGCGGGUACUACCCUCCCAGGACCCGUCCGGCGCUGGGCCAAGAGCCCGGCCGGAUCUACGUCGGCAACCUUCCCUACACCUUCACCGCCGCCGAGCUCACCUCGGUGUUCUCCGAGGCCGGCAGCGUCGACGACGUCCAGAUAAUCUAUGACAAAAUCACCGACCGGAGCCGCGGCUUUGCUUUCGUCACCAUGGCCACCGCCGAGGAGGCCGCCAAGGCCGUCCAGAUGUUCAAUGGGGCUCUGCUGGGAGGGAGGACGAUCAGGGUGAACUUCCCGGAGGUGCCGCGAGGAGGAGAGAGGGCAGUGGCAUCAGCAGCGGCUGCGAAGACUAGCUUGCGUGUCGUUGAUGAUGGGACUUACAAGGUUUACGCCGGCAAUCUCGGGUGGGGUGUGAGGGCCGACGCACUGAAGACGGCGUUUGAGGGCCAGCCGGGCUUGCUUGGCUCCAGGGUAAUCUUCGAGCGCGACACAGGCCGGUCAAGGGGGUUCGGGUUUGUCUCCUUCCAGACGUUAGAGGAUGCAAAUGCCGCCAUCCAGGCCAUGGACGGGGUGGAACUGGAUGGGAGGCCACUCCGACUUAGUCUGGCAUCACAGAACCCUCCAGCUGGUUCCACUCCUAGCACAGUGCUGCCAAAGCAAGAAGAAACUGCCUCAAAUGGUUCUGAGGCAGAGGUGGAGACAAGCAAUGGUUCAGAGCAAUUUGAAGCUGAGACAGAAGAGAGCAACUUACAGACAACCGCCAGUUAUUAGGAACUAAUCAGCAGGCUAUAGAUGAUUGAGUUUGUAAGCUGUGGUGCAACGUUUACGACAUUCUACAAUUCAAACCCAAAGAUGUACUGGUCUGAGGCUCUACGGGAAAAUUUUGACACGAGAGGCGCUCGAGCGAUGUUUCAGCUAAGGACACUAUCAGACAUGUAGGAGCUCCCAGUUCCAGUUAUUUUUGCAAUAUAUGGUGUAGAAAUAUGCAGAUCUAAAGUGCUUCAUGAAAACAGGUUCAGUAGAGAUGUUCUGUAUAAUUUUGAGUACUGGAUUGACUCAUGUCUCUCAUGUCUUGUGCAUUUCAUGAAAUAAAUUGGAAUGAUACCCA